GCAGAUGCUGGUAUUUCUUCAUUCACACAGUUGCUGUACAGCUGCCAAUCUGUCUUCUGACUACUUUGACAUUCCAAAAUCUGAGUUAUGGAGAAAAGAACUGGAGUCUUGAGCAUUUUCUUAGCAGUGUGCUUCUUCCAAAUAGGUAUCCCAGCCCUGUGCCAGAGAAAGGAGACCCUGCUCUGUUUUAACUGCACCCUUGGAAAACGCUGCUUGGAGCCAUCACUGGUGAGCUGUAACGAAGGAGAGAGGUGUGGCACCAUCAAGGGACUUUCAGAUUUCAAAGUGCACGAAUCCAUCUAUGCGAGAGGCUGCAUCCCGGCGACAAAAUGCAAUAAAUUGGACAGGGCUAUCUACUCAGAUGUCCCCUACCGGGUCAAAGUCUCCUGUUGUGAUAGCAAUCUCUGUAAUGGGAGUAACUCCCAGACUUCUGCCACAUUCUUCUUGCUGGUUGCAACGACAACUGUAGCCAUUCUGCUUGCCGCUUGCUCCUGAGAUACAAAAUCUACCUGCUUCUUCCCACCGUCACAGCUAUGGCUGAUCCACUAAACAUCAACUGUUAGAAACUUUACUGUAGGAGCUAGAUAAAAAGUUAGCGUUCUGUUGGAAGUCUGGUAGAUUCAUUGCUAGUGCACAUCGUACAGGUGGUCCUCACUUAUCCGCCACAAUUGAGAAUGGAAACUCUGUCUCUAAGUGAUGGGGUCAUUAAAUGAAUCACUGUGGAUCCUUAAACGCAACUUUCUGUGACCACAACCUGCAACUUCCUGCCAGUUCUCCAUUGACUUUGCUUGUCAGAAGCCAGCUGUGAAAGUCACAAAUGACAAUCACGUAACCACAAGGAUGCUGCAAUGCCCACAAGUUCAAGGCUUGGCCAUAAAUCUUCUUUUUCAGCACCAUUGUAACUUCAAACAGUCACUGAAUGAGGCAAUCAGUAAGUGAGGGCUACCUGUAGUUGAGGCUACACAUGCUUACUGCAAUAUAAUUCCUAUAAAAUGUAUUGGGUGUCAACUCACAAAGCUUCCCUGGCCUGCUCUCGAGUUGCCAUAGGCCAGGAGGGAUGGGAAACAGCAAAAUGGCACAGCAGCUAAAGACAGAUGCACAUUCCACACUUAUCUCUCUCAAGGCUGUAUCCCUACAGCUAUACAGCCAAGGCUGCCUUGGCUGCUGUAGGUUACCUACAGCAGCCAAGAGGAGUGACCUCUACAACCCGCGAAAUUGCUCCAUUAGCGAAUGUGAUUGAUGACACACCCUGGUGGGAGGGAGGGAAACAGGUUCAUAAUCGGAGUGUAAAUUACAUAGGGUCAGAGCUGGCUUCACUUGGGAAUGUGCCAACAUGAGGCUCCUAAUAAAUAUCUGGAUUUCUUUUGAAGCUUGGCUCGAGAGUCAUGAUUUAAUUAGGGCGUCCGCCGGAACCCUGACAGCAGGGCUUGCUUCAAAAUAAGCAUGGCUAGAAUUUGGCUAGAAAUUAAUGGUCAGGGAUUAUAAUAAUUGUACUCCAAUGACUCAAGGGAACCACUUUUGUAAAAGGUUGCCAAUUUUCAUCUCUACAACAUGAAGACCAUCAGAACACUGAUCCACCUCAAAGAGUCUUGCAAGAGUUAAUAUCAGCUAAUUCCAUUAAGAGGCGUGGUGGCUCAGUGUCUUAACAACAUUGGAGAUGGUCUCAGUUCCAGCUGUUUGAGCCCUAGCAUUGCAUGGCAGGGUGAGCUCCCGUCACUCGCCUCAGCUUUUGUCCACCUAACAGUUCAGAAGCAUGUUCUAUGCAAGUAGAUAGGAAAGUACCACUUCAUUGGGAAGUUGAUGCUCUGUGCAGGCAGUCUGAUUCCUGAUGGCUCUGAACCUUCCUGGUUGCAGGAUCCAUUUUGCAAGGCAGCUCCAGGAAGGGAGGGGGCUAUGGGUGAUGCAGCAGGAAGAGCCACUCCUUUUUCUCUCUGGUGCGAAGCCAGCUCACCCUCCUUAUAGCGCACCUGGGAAAGCAUGCAAGCAUGGCCUAUCACAGAGCUGGAACCUUGGCAGUGUUCUGACCUAGGCUUCCCAAAAGCAUGAAGCCAACUCCUUGUUCCGAUAAAAGCCCUUUUAUUUAGUUUAAAGGGAAUUCCUCUCCAGCAAAGUCCCAGCCAACAGUCUUUCCAGCGAUUUCACAACUACAGACCGUUAUCAGGCUUGGAGAGCUGCCAGGCCGAUAUCUUCCAAAUGUCAUGCUGGAGCAGACAAUACUUGGCAAGAAGUCAAGAACAGAUCUUCACUCUAAUGAAUUGAACUAAUUGUCUCCUGCAAACUCGCCUCCUCUUUCACUCCUCUUUAUUCCCUAUGGGAAAGGCCAUUCACCAUCCACCUGUGGCUUUACUCCUGAGUCGACCCUUGUUUCUUAGCGGUUCCCUUCUCCUAGCAGCUCUGCAUAUGCACACACUGGGAAUAGACUCCAGCUCUUCUUCUGCCCCAUUGAUGUCCAACUCCGAAGGCAGCUGACAACUGUCAGAUGGCCCUGGCCUCAUCUCUGCCUCCGACACAGAGCACUCAUCAGAGCCUUCCCCAGACUCCAGGACUGGCCCAUGUUCCUCCCAAAUCUCCUCACUGUCUGAGUCUGCCACCAGCUCCAGUGGCCACUGGCAGGCCACAACAGGCAGGCCAAACUACUACUUUGCAUAGCAUUGUAGUCUCCUGGCUACUGUAAC